CUCUUUCGCCCUCGCCCACGCAUUUCUUUUCCCUCUUUCAAAGCGCUCAGAUCAUAUUACUCUCUCUCUCUCUCUCUCUCUCUCUAUCUAUAUAUGGCACAUGCAUGAAGGGUUUUGAGGAAGAAAACGAAAGUCCACACAACCACACUCGGUCUCCUCUCUCUGGCUCAGAAAUGGAUUCCUCACGCUCCGUCCCUAAAGAAUGCGACCCCGGCAACACGAGCACCAACUCAUCGCAUCUAUCGAAGUCACCACCGUCUUCCUCGUCUUCUCGCCGAAGAAGCCCUCGCAGGAGAAGCCCUUCCUCCUCCUCCUCUUCCUCCCUUUCCUCGUCUUCCUCUCUCGGAUCUUCCCAGUUCCCCGAGGAGCUCUCGUUCAGGCCCGCCACGCCGCUCCGCUUCUCCGGAGUCCCGUUUUCCUGGGAGAAGAUCCCGGGGAUUCCCAAGAAGCAGAGCUCCAGGAGAUCGAGAGAUGGCCCCUCUUCCCCGAGCAGCAAUCUCCUCCCAUUGCCGCCUUCCGCUACCCCACCGUCGUCGAAGCGAUACACCAACGAAGAAGCUGGGCUGAAGAAGAAGGUCUACGGCGCCACCGCGGUGGCGGAGUGGUACCAGUGGGACCCGUUCGUGGCGGCAUUAGUCGAGUGCUCGAAGGACCAUGAUCAAGCUCAAGAUGCGACCCCCAACAAUGGAAAUCAUAAUCUCUGGACGGACGCUAAGGUCUCCCGGAGCAUAAGCGACCGGUUCGGACUCAUCGGCCUCUACGCAUCUUGCAAGAGGGCAUGCCCCGUCUCAGAGUCGAUCAUCUACCUCCCGAGAUCGAACCACACCUCCUAUGACCUGAUCAAUCGCCGAUCACAUUGAAUUCGACUUCGUGCACCAACGGCCUGGGCCAUUGCCCUUAGAUAAGUGCUACAUGAUGUUGAAAUUUCCAAAAUCCAACUGUUCUGUCGUUGCUCUUGUAUGGUUCAACCACCUCUUUUGCUACCUCCAUUUUCUAUGUCAUUGUGAGAGUACCAAUUGCAAUGUUUAUAUUAAGUUACAUAUAAUGUCAUAUAAACUAUUGACUUGAGACAAGCAUUGUGCUAGUCUGAAUGAAGUGGAGGUGCACCGUUUUCCCUUUCUUUUUUUCAAGCCUUAUUCCAUGGAUCACGUUUUGACAGAAAUCCAUGAUGUUUUUGAAUGUUUAUUUGCUGUACAUCAUGUGGGUGAAUUUCAUCUUU